AUCAUGUUCAGCCACGCUGCUCUUAGCCGCACAGCAUCGCUCGUCCGGACCAAUUUGCCAGUCGUUCCGCUCCGGUCGAUGAGCGCUGCGACGCACGUCGUCACCAACCAGCCGCCGCCGCUCGCCGACUACAACGUGUUUAGCCAGGACCGCGCGCUCGUCGAGACCGUCAAGCGCCACGGGGCUGGCUGGGAGGCCGCUGGACUGGAGCGCUUUGGCGCUGUGAUUGGCUCCAAGCGCGUCAUUGAUCUCGGCCACACGGCCAACCGAUUCCCGCCAAUCCUCAAGACGCACGACCGCUAUGGAAACCGCAUCGACGAGGUCGAGUUCCACCCGUCCUACCAUGAGCUCAUGUCCAUUGGCAUUGGCGCGGGAGUCGCCUCGUUUGCGUGGAACGCCAUCGCCGCUGCCCCUGCCGGAACCAAGUCCGUGCGAGGCGCGCAUGUCGCCCGCGCCGCGUAUCUCUACCUGAUGAGCCAGGCAGAGUAUGGUGUCUGCUGUCCGAUGAGCAUGACGUACGCCGGUGUGCCGGUGAUUCGCAAGCUGCCAAAGCUCGCAGAGCUCUGGGAACCGUUGCUGCUGUCGCGUGAGUACGACUCGCGCUUCCAGGCGGCUGCCAUUGCCUCUGCCUCUGCUUCUGCUGCGGCUGCGGGCUCCAGCAACCAAGGAAAGCGAGGCGCCACGAUCGGCAUGGCCAUGACCGAAAAGCAAGGUGGCUCGGAUGUGCGCGCCAACACCACCAUUGCACGCCCCGUCAACCCCUCCCAAACAGGCCCGGGCUCCGAGUACCUGCUGUGGGGUCACAAGUGGUUUUGCUCUGCUCCCAUGAGCGAUGGCUUUCUCACCCUCGCGUACAUUCCUCGCGAAACGGAUCCGGCCACGGCAACGAGCGCUGCCGCCUCCUCGGCCGCCGGCAAGUCUGCUGCCGCAGGUGCGAUGAGCUGCUUCUUUGUGCCACGCUUCCGUCCAGAUGGCACCAAGAACAACCUGACCGUGAUGCGCCUCAAGGACAAGCUUGGCAACAAGGCCAACGCGUCGUCGGAAAUUGAGUACCACAACACUUGGGCGGUGCUCGUGAGCGAGCCUGGCCGUGGCGUGCCCACCAUUAUCGAGAUGGUCAACCACACGCGGCUGGACUGCUCGAUUGGUGGCGCUGCCAUCAUGCGCAUCGGCUUGGCGCACGCGCUCCACCACGUCACGUAUCGCUCUGCGUUCGGCAACCGCCUGUUGGACCAGCCUCUGAUGAAGUCUGUGCUGGCCGAUCUUGCCAUCGAGGCGGAAGCGGCUACGGCGAUGGCCUUCCGCAUUGCAGAGUCGUUCGACAUGGGCAGCGGCAGCAAGCAAGAGAGUCUGUUUGCUCGCAUCGCCACGCCGAUUACCAAGUACUGGAUUUGCAAGCGGACGCCCAACCACGUGUACGAGGCGAUGGAGUGCCAUGGCGGCAACGGCUACACUGAGGACUUUGUGCUGGCACGCGCCUACCGCGAGGCUCCGCUGAACGCCAUCUGGGAAGGCUCUGGCAACGUGAUUGCAUUGGACGUGCUGCGCGCAAUGCAAACCGCCCCAGAGGCCAUUCAGGCGUUCCUGCAGGAAAUCAAGACGGACACCUCUGGCAAAAACGCCGAUCUCGAUCAGGCCGUGCAAGAUCUCGAAGCCCAGAUUGCAAAUCAGCAGAAGCUGAGUCGCGAUGGCAACGCCCAACAGGCGAUGGAGGCCAAUGGCCGAAACCUGGUCGAUCUGAUGGCUUUGACGCUGCAAGGAUCCCUGCUCGUGCGGCACGCUCCGCAGGAAGUUGCAGAUGUGUUCUGUCGCAACCGCCUCCGCCACCGCUACGCUGGCAACUAUGGCGCCAUCGACAUUCGUGCCGCCGAGGCUGAAGCCAUCAUCGAGCGACACCGUCCUCGCGUUCAUCUGGCUUGAUGAGGGCAAGGGGAGGUUUUUUUGUUGUCUCGUUGUCAAUGAGCAAAUAGAUUGAAUUGCUGUCU